CUGACUCACUUUCAUUCGCACGCUCAGAACGUUCACCCGGACAAUAUCGUCCGGUAAACCCUUCACCCGGGUAUCUCCUUAUAAACCCUCUCCUCUAUCCCCACCAACCCAAUCCCAUAUUCUACAAUCCCACCCCGCACCCAAAACCAUCAGCAGCAGCAUGCCUCCCACGAUAACGAACCCCCUCGGCAUCGCCACUCUCUCCCUAGGCACAGCAGCACACCACCCGUUGCCGACACGGCUUCGCGCCGCCGCAGCAGCAGGGUACACGCACAUCGACCUCUUCGACGACUGCUGGGCGCGCCACCUUUCCACAGAGCACGACCCCACGAUCCCAGGCCCAGACAACCCGUGGACGGCAACGCCCGAAACGCUCCGGAUAGCGCGCGAACUGGGCAAUCUUGCGCGCUCUUUGGGACUGAAAAUCGCCUGCACGCAGCCCUGCCGCGAGAUCGAGGGACACCUGGACCCGUCCGCCCGGCGCGCAGCGCUCGACUCCGUUGCGGCGCGGUUCCCGUUCAUGCGGGCCUUUGGUACCGAUCUCGUGUUCAUGUGCGCGAAUAUCCGGAUGGAUGGGGCUGUGACGGAUGAGUUGGAGGUUGUGGCGAGGGAUCUGGCGGAACUUGGGGAUAUGGCGCGGGAGUUUGCGCGGAGGGAUGGCGGAGAGGUGAUUCGGAUUGGGUAUGAGGGGUUGAGUUGGGCGAGGAGGAAUACCUGGCGGAGUUCUUGGGAGGUGGUCCGCGCGGCGGGGAGGGAGAAUGUUGGGUUGGUGGUGGAUGCGUUUAAUGUUUUGGCCGUUGAGUGGGCGGAUCCCUAUGCUGGGGAUGGGGAGGGGAGGCUGGUGAAGGAUUUGAAUGUUGCUAGGCAGACCGUCAUGCGGUCAAUGCGCGAUUUGGUUGCCACCGUACCUGGGGAGAAGAUUUUCUUCUUUCAGGUGGGCGAUGCGCAGAGGGUCGGGCUGGAUGAAGUUCGGAGCUGGGAGGUGCAGGAGGGUACCCCCAGGUUGUUGCCUUGGUCUAGGGGGUAUCGCUUGUUUCCGGGGGAGAGGGACCGCGGGGCGUAUCUACCUGUCGAAUUGGUCGCUGCCGCCGUGUUGGCCACCGGGUAUCCGGGCCCCGUGUCGCUGGAGGUGUUCAAUUACUCGUUGCAUGAGACGCAUUCCUCUGUGCCUGCAGAGCAUGCGGAGCGCGGCAUGAAGGGCUUGAAGUGGUUGCUGGAUGAAGUGCAGCGAGUGCCGGCUUUCUGGGAGGAUCAGACACAGGAGUAG